UUCAGUGGUUUAUAUCCGAUGCUAAAUUGUGCGUCGUUCAGUCAUAAUCGAACAACGGAGGAGUAUCGAAACAAUUAUAUAGUGUUUCGAAUCAGAGCCAUCGAUUUUCGCGAAUACGUAUCUGACAUUGGAUAAUUUGGAUCUUGAUAUUCUACCGAUCGAUUUCUACACCGAUUAUCGAUUCUGAAAUCUCUGAACGAUGGAUCCGUUUACUUUGACAUUGUUCCUCGUAGUGGGCUUUCUGCUCCUGUAUCAUUUUAUAUGGGAGCCAUUGAGUUACUUCAAGGAACGGGAUGUCCCGUACCAGCGACCGCUUCCAAUUCUCGGAAAUAUGGCUCCUAUGCUGUUUCGUCGUAUCCACAUGGCGGAACUCCUCCAGAAACUGUACCAUCGUUUCUCCGGGGCUAAAUACUUCGGGCUGUUCAACUUCAUAUCUCCCAUAUUCGUAAUUCGUGAUCCAGAUCUGAUCUUGUCGAUCUGCGUGAAGAAUUUCGAUCAUUUCUGCGACCAUCGCGGAUUCGUAGACCCGGAAGUCGAUCCUCUGAUGGGAAAGAACUUGUUCGCUCUUCGAGGCGAUAAUUGGAGGGAGAUGAGGAAAUUGUUGAGUCCUGCCUUCACCUCUAGGAAGAUGAAGAUCAUGUUCCAUUUGAUACGCGAAUGCGCGGACAAUGUCAGCAAUUUCAUUGCUACCCAAUCGAAGGAAAAAAAGAUAUUCGAUGUGAAGGAUAUCUGCGGAAGAUACACCACCGACGUCAUAGCCACCUGUAGCUUCGGCAUUUCGAUCGAUUCGAUGAGAAAUCCGAAUAACGAGUUCUACGUGCUGGCCAAAAAGACGCUGAAUUUCAUGACCGCUCUAUCCUGGAAGUUUAUGAUGGCUCUAUGCUGUCCUAAACUGUCCAAUUUGCUUGGCAUUAGGCUGUUCAGCGAGAAAGUUCAUCGUUACUUUUUGAACGUCGUCGGUGAGACGGUUCGAACGAGGGAGGAAAAGGGCAUUACGCGGCCAGACAUGAUCCAACUGAUGAUGGAAUCUAAAGAGAAAGGAGAUAGAGCCCUAACGAUCGAGGAGAUGACGAAUCAGGCAUUCGUGUUCUUCUUUGCUGGCUACGACACAUCUUCGACGUUCCUUUCUUUCGCGCUGCACGAAAUCGCGGUGCAUCCGGACGUGAAGGCUAAAGUAAUAGCAGAGGUCGAGGAAGUGGUCGCAAGAACCAACGGCAAUCCUACUUACGAAGACAUCAAGAACAUGCAAUACUUGGACGCCGUUCUGAACGAAACCAAUAGGUUACACACCUUGGCGUUUACUUUGGAUCGCAUUUGCGUGAAAGAGUUUCAGCUGCCUCCCGCAACGCCGGGUGCAAAACCCGUAACGUUGAAACCAGGCGAUCUUGUAUGGAUCUCACCUUUUGCUAUACAACGCGAUCCGAAAUACUAUCAAGACCCUAUGACGUUCGAUCCGAGUCGAUUUUUGAACGGAAACGCUCCACCGGUGCACGCUUAUGUUCCAUUCGGAUUAGGUCCGAGAAUUUGUAUCGGAAACAGAUUCGCUCUCCUCGAAUCGAAAAUCCUCAUCUUUUAUCUGCUGUGGCGUUGCGACGUGGAACCGUGUGUUAAAACUCAAAUACCUAUGAAGUAUAGGAAGUCGAAUUUCAGUUUAUUGCCGGAGAGUGGAUUCUGGCUGAAUUUCCGGGCGAAGAACGAAGCUUCUUUGAAAGGAAUAAACGGUAGCUGUAAUGGUGCAUCAGUGAAUGGAACGGUCUCGGCGAAAUAAAUAAUAAAUUAAGUCAGUGAAAUCGAUGAUUGCGUUCAUUGAUGCAGAAAUCUGCUGCACUAAAUACUUUUGAAUAUCUUGAUAAAUGUUUGUACACAGGAACGAGAUUCAAAGCUAAAGACACUUUUUAUUCCCAGAGUUAUCAAAGUUAAUUUCUUAUUCGAAUGUUUAAUGGGUUGAUGGAAAAUAAACGCGAGCAUUUACGUAACUAUCGCGCUUAUCUAUAGUGAGUUAACUUUGUUACCAUAGUAAUACUGUGAAUGACCUAUUUUAUGCUUUAUCAAGUGGCUUUUGGAAAUUUAAACAUUUUGAAUAUUCGAACGUUGGAAAAUGUCAUUUUGGUCUCUCUAUUUUCGAGGGAUUAAACUCGCUCUAUUCCCCAUGGAAAUGGACCGAAAUAACUUGGGAUUCGAAAUCCUCGAUUUAUUGAUCGUCAGUUUUAAAAAUUCUCUUUUUAGUCGAAUAUCUGUACAAAUAGAUAGGAUAAAGUAAAGCUAGGUUUUCUUUAGUUACGAAUAGUUUUUUUAUGAUUUGAUACGGGAUCGCAAACCUACACAGAUUACGUUAAUCUGAAAUAUGUUUUUGUCUUAUAUAAUGAAAUAUGUUUUUGAAUUAUAUGAGAAGCGUGUGGAGCGCAAUAUCGAUAUUUUUUCUUGAAAAUGUUGCAGUCGAAGUAAAGUGAAAAUGUACCUGAAAUGGACGUUAAAAGAGUGAACAUUUCUCGUAAUAAAGAGUGUAAUCAAAAUCGAGUAUGUUUUCGAAGUUAUUUUAAUCUUGUUUUGAAAACAAAUGUAAUGGAAAAUAGUGUGUACCGUAGAUUUCUGUGGCCACCAAACGAUGUAAAUUGUCUGCUUUACGUUACGACGGAAUUACACGGAAAUUUGUUCAACAAGA